AUGGAUUAUGGGUUGGCGUGCCAUAGAAAAAGCUCCAAUCUUGAUGGGUCUUUUCUGGUUUCAAACGAGCCCAAAGACGACAAGGGCCAUGGAUCUGGACAUCUGAAGCACCAAAGAUCUGAUCUUGCCGAGGAUAACAACAACAAUGGUAAUAACAUGUGGAGGCUGUCAAAGAUGCCUAGGCCUGGGGAAGUUGAUUUUUCUUCGAGGAAAGCUGCCGAGAGCCUAAUUAGUACUCCGUUCGGGAGAUCCAUUGUUUGGCCGCCGGCGGACGAUGCCGCCGGCCAGAAAAUGCUCUCGUUUUCGUCGGGGGAGCCUCAUUGCAGCGGCGGUUCUGGCCGGAGUAUAGCGUUUUCUAUCUACCAGGAUGAGCAUCACAGUAGAGCGGGAGGAUUCGGGCUGAUCGGGGGUGGCCGUGGACCCUUUGCGAAGCUGAAAGGACCCUUUACUCCCUCCCAAUGGAUGGAACUCGAACAUCAGGCUUUGAUCUAUAAGCACAUUGUGGCGAAUGUGCCUGUUCCUUCCAAUUUACUUGUUCCCCUAAAGAGAUCUCUCUAUUCGAUCACUUUACCAGCUACCUACGCCCCUAACUUAUUGGGGUGGGGUCCAUUCCAUCUAGGUAUCUCCGGGAGCAACGACCCAGAACCGGGUAGGUGUAGGAGGACAGAUGGCAAAAAAUGGCGGUGCUCGAGAGAUGCCGUCCCCGAUCAGAAAUACUGUGAGAGGCACAUCAAUCGAGGCCGCCACCGUUCAAGAAAGCCUGUGGAAGGCCAAAAUAAUGGCCACACUCUCUCUCAGCCUCAACCAACCACCGCUUCCAAGCCCUUACUGCCGCUGCCAACCAAUGCGCCUAUUUCCACUGACUAUCUCAUUAGCAGGCCACAAGAAUUUCAAGGACUCUCCUUGAUACCUCCCACGACAACUCUGAAGCCCAAACAACAACAAGAAUUCCCAUUUCAAAAGGAUCACCUCACGUUCGAAGAGCCAUCUGACUCGAAAUUUGGAGUCAUCUCCUCAAAUUUCAUGGACUGCCCCAAGGACCAAUCCCAGCGCGCCACCUCAGCUCCAUGGCACGAACCGCUCAAACCCGACUGGACCCAGCUCUCAAUGUCCAUCCCAAUGGCCGACCCAGGUUUCCCAUGCUCCCCAGCACGGGCCAAAACCAGCCCAUUCCUGGGGGGCCCCCAUGAGCUGGACCCGAUAGUCCACAUGGGCCUGGGCGUGGGCCGUGAUCUCGACGGGCCGGUCCACAAGGAACAGCAGCAGCCCAUCGCGUGGGGGAACCAGCUAGGAGGACCUCUGGGGGAGGUGCUGAGCUGGCAGCUCUCGGGUUCAUCCCCUACAGGCGUGCUGCAGAAGUCGACUUUUGUCUCGCUCUCCAACAGCAGCUCGGGCUCAGGGAGCAGCCCGAGAAGCAGCUGGGACCAGAAGAAGGGUUUGACCGAUAAUGGCAGCCUCUGUAAUGAUGUGUUUGGGUCUGCACUCUUGAGCUCGGCAGCUUCUCAGACUCUGAGGUGA